AUUCUGAAUAGGAUGUUCCUGGCAAGCUACUGCAGUUGUAAAGGCCUGCUCACUGCAAAAUAAAACGUGGACAUCCUCGUGUUUCAUUGUGUGCCUUCUAUUGAUAUCUGAAGCAUAUAUUUGUAUGCAUGCGAAAGGGUAAUUCCAUUUUCAAUAAAAGAGGCAUGUACCAGUUUUUUAUUUUGAAAGCUGCAUUAUUUAUUGGAUAGACAUGAUAGAGGAUAUAUUAGUAUCAUGGGUUGCUGAAGUAUGAAAGAAUGCACAGUUUGGAUUCAGCAGGGUUUUCUUGAUAAGAGAAAGAGACACACACACAGCUACCAGCAUCAUUCAGUGUUCAAUCUUACAUGAAUAAGGAGGAUUCCGUUAAGUAUGAUCCAGAACUGAGUAUUGAACGUGUAGGACUGAUGGUACCAGCAUACUUUGAAUCGAGACAUUAUCGAUGCUGAAUGAUUGAGUCUACAGAAGUGUUUGACGAGCUUCCGCUGGAUAGUUUUUAUUUGAUGUGGUAAUUGACCUCGGCCUUACACAACUCAGAAUUUGACUGUUUACAUAAGAGUGCAAUCAGAUCUGUGUUAACCAGUCUGACAAACCUUCGUUCAUUGAUGAUUUGCUCUGAAGGAAAAUCAUUCAGGAACUUGCAAUUGAUACAAAGCUGUUACAUAUUGUUAACCUCCAAAAAGUAUUAAUACAUUUAGCAUAGAUGUCAAAACCCGUUUAAAAUUACAAAAGAAAUUGUGAAGGAAAAAUAUUUUGAAGAGCUGUGGAUUGAAGUCAGAAUGGGGUUUCAGGAGAGCCUCCGAAAGUUCCCAGUGAUAUUGCUUGUUAUCCUGUUUGGGACUGGAUCAUGGGUGGCCAUCAAUGGUCUUUGGGUAGAACUGCCCCUCUUGGUAUCAAUGGGGAUCCCAGAGGGGUACAAUCUUGCCUCCUACCUAGUCAUCAUCAUCCAGAUUGCUAAUAUCGGACCCUUGAUCUUCACCAUCAUGAGUUACUGCAUGAAAGGCAGACGUCUUGAAGUUCCAGCCAUCUACAUCAUCCUUCCGAUAGGUAUCGUAGCGUGCUUGCUUCUUGUUUUCUUUUGGGAUGUGACCACUUAUGUUGGAGGGGUCUUACGAAGCACACCUCUACUUGCUCUGUCAUUCUUCAUAUCCAUCGUAGACUGUACGUCAUCUGUGGCCUUUACACCUUUCAUGUCCAGACUGAAAAGCAUAUAUCUCACUUGGUACUUUGUGGGAGAAGGAUUCAGCGCCUUAUUGCCAAGUCUGGUUGCGUUGGGUCAGGGAGUUGGAAAUGAUGAGUGUGUUGCAAACUACACCUAUGUGAAUGCCACUACAGGCCAGAAUUGCACUUUGUGGAUGGGACAAACCAUUCCUGCACGCUUCCCUCCAGAUGACUUCUUCUGGUUCCUCUUCGCUAUGAUGACCGUAUCUCUCAUCUCUUUCUUCCUCCUUAACACGCUUCCACUCGCCAAGCGAGAAUAUGUUCUAGAUGCUCAUGGCCAAUCAGAAUCGUCUGGCUCUGCCAAAUCCAUCUCUUCCUCAGACAGCAUGUCUUUGAGUGCCAGUGGGAAGUAUGCCAAACGUGAAGAAAAUGACUUGGAUGCUGUGGAUGUUAUGGAUCUACCCAGUCCUACAAGCAAAGACCCAAUGAUUCCUAAACAGAGGAAAUCUAAAAAAGCUUACGUCUACAUUUUUCUGCUGCUUGGCUAUGUGAAUGCUCUCAGUAAUGGCAUCCUUCCAUCCAUACAGAGCUACUCCUGUGGAGCAUAUAGCUUCAAUGCUUAUCUCCUGGCAGCAACCUUGGGUAAUGUAGCCAAUCCUGUAGCUUGUUUUAUUGUGAUGUUGUUCCCUCAGAAGAGUCUGAUCCUGGUAGGAGUGACUGCAUUCUGUGGGACUCUUAUCAGCUCCUACUGCCUGGCAACAGCAGCACUCAGUCCUACACCACCGUUGCAAGAUGAAAUGGCCGGAACCGUCUUUGUGGUGCUUGCUUGGAUACUUGUCAUGGGCCUUUUCACCUACACCAAGGCAACCAUAGGCUGGAUCCUUCGCAAUGAACCUGACAAUCGUAAGCUUCUCAUUGGCUUCGGAGCCGUGACCCAGCUGGGUUCACUGGUCGGUGCCUGUAUCAUGUUUCCUCUCGUCAAUGUCUAUUACCUCUUCACUCCAUACUAUGCAUCUCCAUGCGAUGGUUAUGAGGCUUGCCCAUCAUAGCGUUUCUAGUAGUGUACACUUUUGAACAGCAGUUGAGCAAACAGUAAAUGCCACUUGAAGGGCCAACCGUUCAUUAAAUGUCCAUGACAGAUUUCAUUCUUCAUGUUUAUUCAUUGCAAAAUUAGUGUACAACCUGAGCAAGUAUAGAUUACUAUAAAAGUUCAAAUUUUGUUUAGCACACAGCAGCCUAUAGUUGCGUAAAAAAGGAAGAAUGAAAUUAUGAUUUAAUUGAUCGCCUAAAGAAACAUUUAUGUUUGAUGCAUUUUUCUGAUUAUAAACAUACAGAGUGAAGUUUGAUAUACUACCUUUCAACCAUUCAAUACACGUAUGAAUUGCAUGGCAAACUGUGGCAAGCAUUCAAGUCGUACAUUGAAAACUAGCAUUGUCUUCAAGGCAUGCAUAAUAAUAUAGCUGUAGUUUUGCAAGGCCGUGAAGUCUAUCUAAAGUACCAUUUCUUGAAAGAAAAUAGAAACUGUUAACUGAGCAGGGGAAACAAUCAACUUCCCCCAUGCUAAUAAGUAGAGUGUGUAAUUUUUGCACUAUAAAAAUACAUGUACAUUCCACUAUAUGAUGUGAAAUCCACUACUUGUAAUUAGUCUGCAAGCACAGACUCAAAUUUGACACUUUAAUCAAUUAUACCAUGUCUGGAGUGAAGACUACAUGUCAGAGGCUCUGUCUGUGUACAUUUAAGAGCCAGUCACAGUACGCAGUAAAUCUAGUCUCACUACUUCAGACUCUGCAUUGUGAAUUAUGCACUAUGCAAAAACCAUGGGUCUGUGUCUGUAGACUAUCAUGUACUUGUGUUUGUCUUUGACCUUGAGUAACCUUGAAGAACACCUUUUGUAAUAUUAUAUAUGAGUAGGUAUUACUAUGCAAAUACUAUUCAAGGAAAUUGUGAAUUCUGUUAUAUCGUUGGGGACAUGUUUAUGACAUCCAUUCAGUUCUUUAUGCAAGGAUAUAAGUGACACAACAUUUGCUCCGGCAACAAUUGCUCCUGGCAUUAUUUCGUCUAAAGAUGUAGGUUUAGGGUCAGGGUUGCAAUAAAGCUUUAUGUUAGGUUUAGGUAAGAUUAUAGUGGUAAAUCCAGGGUUGAAGUUGGUCAUUCCAUUAGUGUAUGGCAUUCACAGUGUAGCAGUUGUCGCCGGAGAAAAUGUCAUCGAACCAAGAUAUAGGUUUUUAUAUGCUCUGCAUUGUAUGCACGAUGAGAAGAAUAGUUUCCAUUACGAAAGCAUGGUAUGAUAGAUUCUACAUAGAACUAUGUAAUAGUUUAUAUUUGAAAAAAAUUAAAACAUUCAUGGAGUACGCUCUAAAGGUUCCUACGUGUGCAUGUAUGCAUCCAAUUUUUGUAUGGGAUUUUUCUGUUUGGUUUCAACAACAGGUUACUCAUUAUACAGUUGGGUUUAAACAUAUAUAUUUGAAUACUGAAAGAUGUGAAUGCUUAUGUGAUUAAAAUGGGAAUAUAGCAUAACAGUUAUCACUACUAUUAUUGUCAUUAUAUUUGCAGUAUUAGUGCAUUAGGUAAUCAAAGCAGGAACUGAAGGAAAUGAUGUAAAUAUGCUUUCUGGUUUAGCGGGAGUGCCUUACAUUAUAUAUAAACCCAAUUCUCCCUGCCAUUACAGUUAACUGCACUUCAGUAGCCAGCUUCAAGGCUGAGGUGCAGAAAAAUCCAAUUGCGCUAAGACUGCGCUGAUUUUUAUUUUUUAUUUAUUUAUUUUUUUAACCGCACGUGUACGUAGAAUAGAUCUUCCACAGCACUGUACAUACUCCUGCAAAAUUCUACAAGUACGAUGAUACACCAACCUGUUGGACUGUACUUUAACGGAUGAUGAUGAUGAUGAAUUCUUCCCCUGUCCCCCGAACACUCUGUAAACCCCGGGCCAGAGGUUGUGUAAUGUAUAGUACUUAUCCUAGAGUACUUUGAUAGCAUUCAACAUAGUACUGCAUUGUUGUUAUCUCAAAUGAUUAAAUGUGUGAGGUGCUUCAUUGUCAUUGUGUUAUAAGGUUGGGACUUCUCUUCAGUUUGCCCCAAUGCACAAUUUGAGUAAAAUGUCUCUUGCAAACAAUUUACUUAAUUUACAAAUUCCUGACAGUUGAGUGCACAGAAAUUUCUUGUCUGAUUUUAUUCAAACGUCACCAUUCUGUUUCCUUAUUUUUCUCCUUUCAUUCAAUUACUUUAUCACCAAGGUCAGAUCCUCCUUAAAUACCUGUAUUUUGGUGUUGGGUCACAAUGUCGAGGGGAUGGGAGAGGGGGGGGGAGCAGUCAUGUCAGGGAACUAUGUGUUAACUCUCAGUUCCUCCACCACCCUAACCAUGCUGAUGAAAUUUGUCCACUGUGACAUUUUAAAACCCCAGGCCAGAGGUUGUGUGGCCCAGUGGAUUAGUCUUCUGACUUUGAAACAGAGGGUCCUGGGUUCGAAUCCCAGCCAUGGCGUAAUUUCCUUCAGCAAGAAAUUCAUCCACAUCUUACUGCACUCAACCCAGGUGAGAUGAAUGGAUACCUGGCAAGAAUAUAUUCCUUGAAUUGCCACCGCGCUGUAAAAAGGCUGCGGGGCUAAAGCCAGGGUAAUAAUAUCCAAGUCCUUUGGAAGCGCAUAGGGACGUUAUGACAUAAUGUGAUAUCCGCUAUACAAGAACUGCGUUAUUAUUAUCAUUUUAAAUUAUCUACUCUUUUGGGCAGCUCAACUUAAUUUUACAUUGCAAAUGCAUAUCAAAUAAAAAUGGAAAAAAAAAUGGGAGGAAAGAACUGGUCUUUGGAUAACUAUAUGUUUAUUUAAUAUUAGAUUAUCCAGAAGAUGUUGUUUAUGAUCCCAAUGAGUUUUAAUGAUUAACCAAUGAACGAACUCAAUUAAAACUUGGUCCCACUGCACUUAUGGAUGCAGAGAGGAUGUAAAACGGAAAAGAAUCUUGCCAUCAUGUUAUGUAUCCGUUGUGUACUCUUUGCGUACAUGUUUCAUACGCUCUAUAUCCAUCGAGCAUCCGUCCAUCACAUGAUUUCAUUGUUCGCCCAUUUUGUCCAUUGUCUGGAGCAGAUGAAAACGGAUGAAGCCACCCAAAAAUUUUGCUUGUCAGCUGUAUCCGUUAUGAAUCCGUUUGUGUCCAUCGGCCAGUGGGACCAGGCCUUUCGAUUGAAUUACAGUGAAAAUAUUGUUACAAAGUCUUGAAGUUUGAAUACCUAGAUGUGUUGGUAGAUAUUACAUUUACAUUGUCCAUGUAUGCUUUCAAAUAAAAUAUCAGAAUCUAGAUUUUUGGAAGCAAUAUUCAAGAACUAUAUCAUCAAUUUAUGAAAAUUAAUUUAUGUAAAAAAAUUAUAGAAAUAUAUGAAAAUUGAUCACAGAUCUUUAUAUUUAUAUAAAAAUUAUCUUAAGACUAUUGCUGCAGUUUUUCUAAUUAUUCUUGAAUACUUAGAAUUUGAAUUUGAGACAGGGUAAAAUUGAUAGCAUAACUGAUUAUUUUGUAGAGGUUAAUUAUUUAUGACACUAAAUUGGAUUCAGAUCCAAUUAUUGGUAGAACUCUAUGUCAGUUUUGUAAUACCAGUUUGUCAAUUUCGUAUUGUAUCUUGGGAGAGAGUUUUGACCAAAUUAAUCUUUAUGUUUGAUUUAAUCAUUUGGUGCAAAUUGCAAUUUUCUUUACGUAUAUAAUUAUUUCGAUUUAUUUUAGUUUACUUGAAAUGGUGUGUAAUUUGUAUUUACACCGAUGACUUGAUUGUUAAAUCAGAUUAUCAUUCUCGGCAUCAGUUGUGUAGAGAGUAAAAAUGGAUUGUGUUACGAUGUAAUGGUGCUUAUUUAUUUCAGAAAUUCAUUUUGUACCAAUGAUUAUGUCUUGAAGGAUGCAUUAUGAUCUAGACAUUAAAAAAAAUCACUUUAGAUGGUUAGAAGAGAUUUUCUAGACAGUGACUUGUUUUUCACUUAAAUCUGAAAUUAUGGAAUUUGAGAGUCAUGUCUCUUGAAGUACUGUGAAACAAUUAUCAGAUUAUAGAUUUAUCAUUAAAGAGAGUGAUCAAAUGAUUGCAAUGAUAAAUACAUAAA